AUGGAAUAUCCUUCUUACAUUGACGAAGAAUCUAAAUACCGAAUGGAUUUUGCCCACGCAGACGAUGGAAAGGCACAACUCAAAAUCUCCCAGGCAAUCCAGAUAUUUUGCGACUUCCAAAUCAAGGCCGAGGGAAUCGUGAGAGCGGCGAUGCAAGGGGGCUCCUAA